AUGGGCGGAUCGCCAGGUCCUGCAUCGGCCCCGAUGCGGGCUCAGGACAAGUCCGGGACGAGCAGUCGGACGAGUGUGUUGGGAGCGACGGUCAUAGCCAUGUCCGUUCUGUUGACAGGCGUCACCUUUUAUUUCUUCUUCAGGAGGAAGCUGCUCCCCGCCAUCAAGCGGCACCGCCAUCGCCGGAUAACGAGCAAAGCUGGAAGUAAUUUGGAAGACGAUAAAAUAUUGCUGAGAAGGUUCCAGCCUGAGGAGCUCGUGAGGGCGACCAACAACUUCAGCGAGGAGUGCUUGGUCGGAUCCGGAGCUUUCGGCAAUGUCUAUAGGGGGACGUUCCAUGACGAAGGAACACUAGCCAUCAAGAAACCUCAUGCCGACUCCCACCAGAGUGUCGAAGAAUUUAGGAAUGGUAAUGGUAAUUUAGGCUCUAGACAAGUGAGACUACUUUCUAAAGUGAAGCACAGGAACCUUGUCAGCUUGGUGGGCUUUUGUGAAGAACCAGGAGCAACAGGUGCUAAGAUACUGGUUUAUGAGUAUGUGCCCAACGGUUCAUUGCUUGAGUACAUCAUGGGGAGAAGAGGGAGGGUCUUGACAUGGAGGCAGAGGGUUAACCUAGCCAUUGGAGCAGCUAAAGGCAUUGCUCAUUUGCAUGAAGAGGUCAAGCCGAGCAUCAUCCACCGCGAUCUGAAACCGAGCAACAUUCUCAUAGGAGAAGGGUUUCAAGCCAAGGUUUCGGAUUUCGGGCUUGUCAAGUCAGGGCCGGUCGAGGAUCAGUCGCAUGUCAGCAGUCAGAUCAAGGGGACGCCGGGAUACCUUGACCCUGCAUAUUGUUCCAGCUUUCAUUUGACUCCGUUUAGCGACGUCUACAGUUUCGGUGUGAUACUUCUGCAACUGGUCGCUGCCCGGCCUGCCGUUGAUACCGGAAGGAACAACUCUAAGUAUCAUAUUAUAGAAUGGGCUAGACCAAGCUUAGAAAGAGAAGACGUGACAGGAAUAUUGGAUGCCAAUCUCCUCUCACAACCAUGCAACAUGAAGGUGAUGCUGAAGAUGGGUCAGCUUGCUCUGAAGUGCGUGGUGAAAUCGCCGAAACAGCGCCCUACGAUGACUCAAGUGUGGCAAGAACUAGAAGAAGCACUUCACUUGGCCGAUGGCAACUCUCUUAAAUCGACAGCCAGCGGUGGACCUCGCAGAUCAAUGGACCGCGAGACUUCUCAGAGCUUCAGCAUCGAUGGAGUCGGGUAUCAGAGAUUCCAUGUCGAAAUGGACAGUGUCUCGUUCCAGUCCACGAGCUUGAGGUGUUUGGAUGUCGACAACCUCAGCAUCGACUUCGACAAAAGCAGCUUAAGAGGAAUAGAAGAGGAAAAGUAG